CCUCCCCCCUGCCUGGCCUGGGCUGGCCGCCCCUGCUACCCACCGUCGCCUCCCUAGCCCGCGCCAUUUGCGAGGGCUUUCAAAUGGCCCUCUGCCCUCUCCCUUCCUCAGCCUAGUGCCGCGCUAGGAUGCAGAGCCAACCCUGUGAUCCUCAACUUCGCGCCUGCAGCAUGAAGGUCAAGCUCGAGGCCGCUGGUAAGCAGGCGUCCAUGGCGCCGUCGCGGUCCCUGCCGCGGUGCGCGAGCGAGCUCGCCGACCCGCCGUCGCCGUUCAGCUCCAACCCCGCGCACCACCCCGUGUCCCUGCCCACCACGCCCUCCGGGCUGUCGUCGUCGGCGUCCUACGCGGCCAAGCCCGGCGCAGGAUCGCCGCCGUCCACGCCAGGCAAGCCCAAGUCCAAGCCGACGACGCCGGCGGCGGCCAUGGCCGCGUACUACGCGUCGCAGUGGUCGCCCAGGAGGCUCAUGCAGCGCGCCGCCCGCGCGUUCCGCUCCAGCAGGUCGCGCCGCGUGAGGAGCAGGGACGUCGCCGGCGAGGAGCGGGGUUCGUCGCCCACCAGCAAGGUCUCCGACACGACCUGCGCCGUGAGCCUAGGUGGUGGUGGUGCCGCCGAGCAAGCCCACAACGAUGGCAACGGCGACGCCGCGGCCGGUGUGCAACCGCAGCAGCAGGAGGAGGAGCGCCACGACCACCCCGAGGCCGUCCCCGAGAAGAUCAUACACGAGAUGAACCAUCACGCGCCGCCGGCCGUGGCGGAGGAUGAGUGCGGGGCGAAGACGGCGCCGGCGGAGGAUGAGUGCGAGGCGAAGACGACGCCGGCGGAGGAGGAGAAGGAGAAUGAGACUGCCGCCGCCGCCGCCCCCGCCACGGAGGAGGUGGAGUCCCCCAAGAAAGAAGCGGGACCCGCACCGGCGCCGGCGCCGGAGCCCGUCGCCGCGGCGGCCGAGGAGGUGGCGGACAAGUUCGUGGCGGUGGUGAAGGCGGCGAUCAGGAAGCACGAGGAGGAGCAGGGCGAGAAGAAGGGGAUGGCGAGGAAGUUCCAGGGCAGCCGGGUGAGGACGGCGAUGGAGGCGCGGGCGGAGUCGGAGCAUCCCCGGCGGCGGGAGGCGACGCCGCGCAGCAACGACGUGAUCGAGGAGGCCCGCAGCAAGCUGCUGGAGAUGCGCCAGUGCAGCAGGGUCCGGGCGCUUGUCGGCGCCUUCGAGACCGUCAUGGACUCCAACAAGGACGCCGCCGGCAGCACGCCGCGGCAGCACUGCCGCCGGUCGGCCUGAGACGGCGACGCGUCGCCCCUCCACGCCUCGUGUCUUUUGCCUUUGCCUUGAUUAAUUAUAAUCUCCCCCGGCCAGCCGCCGGCCACCGUCGUGCACGGCGCUCGUUAAUCUCGAUUCCUGCUAAUUAACCACCGGUUAAUUCGUGGUCGCCACCACGUACAGUGUCAUGUCAUGGAGCUCGUCGUGUUACGGAGGAGUAAUUUGUAAGGAGGAAGAA